CGACAACCAAUUUCCUCCGAUUUUUCGUUUCAAUCAGAAAGUUACAAGUCUUGAGUUCGGACUGGAAAGAAAUAGAUUUCAAGAAUUUCUUGGCUUUUUUCAGGAAACUGUCGCCAAAAGAAUUGUCGGCAAUCUCUCAUGAGAAUUUGGAAAAAAUUGUAUCAGGAGAACGUGGACCAGCAAGGAGGUGGCGAUUUCGUUCCGUCCACUUGGUACAGACCGCGGACUGUCAGAUGCGAUGAUAAUAAGUUUUACCGCAACCUGCUGUGAUUGAAAAAUUAUAUCACACAUUUGCAAGAGCGACAAGUAGUCGUUCCAAUCGUACAAGGUUGCGGUAGCUGCUGAACAAGUCACACGUCAGCGAACGCGCGCCACGCGAAAUGCGACCGGCAAGAGUCUGCGUGGAAACAACAUUGCUCCGUUUCUCGAACAAUGUUCGACGAAGCGAAGCCGAGUCAAGUUUUUCCUCGUUCUUCCGAAAGAAUUCAACGAGAAGAAACCCGACGACUCGCUCUCUCGGUGGACGGGGAGGAUUCUCGAUUCGAAAUCGCGCGUCACGGCCGACGUCGGACGCCCCUCUCUUUCUUUCUCUCUCUCUUCCCGUUUUAUUUGGUAUAUUUUUAGCAAUAUAGCGUAUAAAUACUCUAUCAGGUGGAGAUGCGUUAUUUUCAAUGUAACACCGAUGAGCGUGGAUUGCGUAAAAAAAAUGAACAAAGGUUGCUGGAAGUUCGACGAGGAGGAGAAAGGUGAGAUUUCCACGUUCCCUCUUCUUGUUCUCUCUCUCUCUCUCCCCGUCCCUCUCCCUUUUUUCUCCCGUAGUCUUCCCGUGAAAAAGGGCGUUUGUCCACCGUGUGAUUUUACGCGCCCGGGAACGCGCCGACACUUUCUCCCGACGUCGAAUUUCGGAUAUGUUACAUCUCAACUGCGCGUCAAUUCCGCAUCUCAAGAUCAAACGAUCCCUCGUGUCUCGCGAAAACGCAUACACACACUCGCAGGCACACGUGACAUUUCUUUGUAAUAAUACAAAUUUUUUGCUUCGUUGUGACGUAAAAAAAAAGAAACAAUUUAUCUGUGCGUCACGCAGAAAAUGCCGGCGCACGAGGAGGAGGUGACUCGAGGAGAGACAAGAUCGAUGAAAACCUCAGGUGGCCAUCACAUGACAGUGUCAAAAAUAGACGCGCGUUGAAAAAAACACAAGGAGAAACACCAUGCGGCCGUUGGUGCCAGAAUAAAAAAAGAUAGAGACCGUAGAUCGUGUGCGAGGAAUAAAAAAAUAAAAAAAAACCGAGUGUGUUAUCUUCCCAAGCCUUGUACAUAGAUCUGGAGGAGGAGGACACGGAGGAGGAUAAGAUGUGCAAGGAGUACAGCGCCUGGGAUCGGAUUCCCGACAUCCUGCUUGAGGAGAUCUUCUCGUAUCUGACCAUUCGCGAGCGUUACUACGCGUCCCUGGUUUGCCGCUCGUGGUAUCGGGCCUUCAAGCUGCAGAACGUCUGGUCCACGUUCACUCUGGAGGACACCACUCUCACGCGGGGUAAAUUCAAUUACUACAGCGGCUGGCAACACGUUCUGGAUCACAUCAGAACGUCCACGUGUUUGAACAAAGUCGGCAGGAACUUUCGCGCUCUCGUGUUCGAGCCCAUGAUGAACUUCUACAAUCUCUACGAGUUCAUGAACAUGAUAUCCUGGUACGCCGAGCGACAGGGCUCGGACAACACGUCUGUGCCCGGUGUGGGUAACUACAUUCGCAGACUCAAGUUCACGUUCCCGUGUAACAUGGCCAAUAGAGACGAUCCCGAUCGAAUCCGGGUGUUUGGCACCGGAGGGAAGCUGCUCGAAGCGCUCAAGAGACUCAUGAGAAAUCUACAGAGUCUCAGGUACCUGGAACUGAUAGAUCUGAUGCUCGAGAGCAACGAGGCUUUGCACCUGAUGGACGACAUUUGCGUGAAUUGCACUCAGACAUUGUCGAAGCUCGUGCUGAUUAACACCACGCGUUACAAUUGUCCGUUGUUGCACGUAGGAGUGUUCAUUAACUUGAAUGUUUUAGUUAUCAGUCCCCAAAACUUGCACGAGGACGUGAUAGAACUUCUAGGUUACACCAAGUUAAGACAUCUUCACAUUUUACAAAACCGAUACAGUCCAAAAGACACCACCAUAAGACUGCCAAAACGAUCGUCCUGGGUGAAGAUGAGAAAGAACAAUCCUCAGUUAAGGGUGCACUUUGAGAUAGAAAGUCACAAGACCACAGAUCUUCUCUUGCCCAUCGACAUAUUGGAGCACAGUGCCAUACCGUGUCACAGCAUAGUGCUGGAUAAUCCGAACACGGAAAUUUCACCGUCCACGAUACUCACUCACGGGGCGCUCUUCCACUCGACGAUACGAGUGUACGCUUUCAAAGGUUUGACGAGAUUUUACAUGAACAGAAGCUUCAACGAGAGAUUGGACGACACUCUCGUACAAUUCUGCCGAAUGUGCCCGAAUCUGCAUACACUGAUGAUCCGUGACAAAAUAUCGACGGCAACGAUCUUACACAUCGUCUCCGUCGCGAAUCAUCUGCGCUGUCUGUACGUGCGGCGAAACGUGAUUCUGAAGAGAUGCGACGAGGCUUGGUCGAGGAUCCUGGACUGGCCGCCCGAUUAUUACCGUUGGAUCAAGGCGAACAGUCGCAGUUACGAGGACACGGAGAAGGAAGUGUCGCGAAAACUCGGUUAUCGAUGGCACAUGCUGUCCGAGAAAGAGUUCAAGGCGCAAACGGUCAAUUUGCACAUAUAAAAAUAAAAAGCUCGUUGCUUUCGCAAACAAAAUCGCAAUCACCGCUCAUCACCGCGCAAAACUAAAAGAGAGCUCGCUCGUAUUCUCAGAAUCUUCAAGUAUUUUUAUAAACAAAGUCAAUCUUAAUUUAAUCGUUAUUUAUAAUAUAUAUAUAGAUCACCUCUACGACUGUGUAUUGCUUCUAAAAAAAAAAAAAAAGAAGUGUUAGCAAUAAUCCGUGUGAUCGCAAUAACAUGUUUUAUCGCAAUUGUCAACCGCGUCGUUAAUUAGAACGUAUCCGUGGGGAGGGGGAGGGGGGAAGAAGGGGAGCGAAAUGUGUACUUAAAUGUGUAAAAUCAAAAUGACUGUGAUCGUUUUUAAUGACAAAAAGAAACUAGCGAGAUACGUUGGACUGUUUUGUAAAACGAACUGUUUUUUUUUUUUUUGGCGUGUCAAAGCGCACGCGCGGAAAUAAAAAAAAAAACCGUACAACAGCGAAACUCUCACGUGUUGUUGUGAUUUUCUCGUUGUAGUUUAUUUCCAAUACAUAAUUGCAACUUUUACACACAAUAUUAUGUACAUCGAUAAUAAUUUCAUGUGACUUGUGUAUUUUUUUUUUUUUUUUUCUUACACGCAUCGUCGCUAUCAAUAUGCCAAAUAAUUUCGAUAAAGUGUGUGUAAUAAGAACUGCUAGAGUGUGUCGAAGUCAUAAUUGGGGGGGAGGGGGGAGGGGAUAAUAUCUUCGAAGACAUAACGCCGUGGAUUAUUUUGCUAAAAUUCAACACACACGCUAAAAUUAUCUAAUCGAAAGAAGCAACAAUGAUGAAACAACAACAAUUGCAAGUUGAUUUAAUUAAUUAGAUAAUCGAAAACGGAUUACGUAUAUAUCGAAAUAAUUUACACGUAAAAUGCAAGUGUGCUCGACUGUUUCUGCUAGCUUAUCUCACUCUGUACAUUAUAUCGUUGGACUUCUAUGGAUAUAUUAUAUAUACACGCACAUAUGGACUUCGUUAAAUAUCGCGAAAGAAAACGACGAGGUAUCGAAUAUAUCUGUGAAGAAAAAUUUUGAAAAGGCGGGACAUAUGUAUAUAUGCAUAAUUUGAAACACGCACAAAAUUUUGAGACUCGACGAGGUAAUUUGCUCUAUUAAAUAUAUACGUAUUAUAUAUAUAAUAUAUAUAUAUAUAUAUUAUAUAUAUAUA